GAUAUCAGUAUCAGGAUGCAGCAGCAGAGUUCUGGAUCUGAAUCUGAAGAUGGACCUGGACCUGGACCUGGACCUGGACCUGGACCUGGACCUGGACCUGGACCUGGACCUGGACCUGGACCUGGACCAGGACCUGGACCUGGACCUGGACCUGGACCUGGAUCCAGCUGUGUGUCCAUGAAGAGUGGCUGGUUUAUGGAUCCCCCUCUUGUCUUUAAAUCUGGACGUCCUGCAGAGGGAAGUAUCAGGAUGCAGCACCAGAGACCUGGACCCAGCUGUGUGUCCAUGAAGAGUGACUUUUCUAUGGACAAACCUAUAUACUUUAAAUCUGGACAAAGUGCUGAUGAAAGGAUGCAGCACCAGAGACCUGGACCCAGCUGUGAGUCCAUGAAGAGUGACUGGUCUAUGGACAAACCUACAUACUUUCAAUCUGGACAAAGUGCUGAUGAAAGGAUGCAGCACCAGAGACCUGGACCCAGCUGUGUGUCCAUGAAGAGUGACUUUUCUAUGGACAAACCUAUAUACUUUAAAUCUGGACAAAGUGCUGAUGAAAGAAACCAACGGGAGAAGAUGGAAGGAUGGAUGGAUGGACUGUCGUAUACAUUGAAUUAUUCCAUUUUAUAAUAUGUAAUCAACUCCAUAUUUAUGCUGCUGGAGGAGAACAUCAUCACUUUUGUGAAGAACGAGCUGAAGAAGAUCCAGAGGGCUCUGAGUUCAGAUUACCCAGAAUUCAUAGAGAGUCAGAGGGAGGAUGAGGAGGUGUUGGACGGUGAGGAUGAAGAGCAGAGGAGCAGCAGAGAGGCAUUUCAGAACAUCACCCUGCACUUCCUGAGGAGCAUGAAGCAGGAGGAGCUGGCUGAGCGUCUGCAGAGCGGAACUGCUGCUGCAGUGUGCAGUAAACUCAAAUCCACCCUGAAGGAGAGGUUCCAGUGUGUGUUUGAGGGCAUUGCUAAAGCAGGAAACCAAACCCUUCUGAACCAGAUCUACACAGAGCUCUACAUCACAGAGGGGGGGUCUGCAGAGGUCAAUGAUGAACAUGAGGUCAGACAGAUUGAAACAGCAUCCAGAAAAGCAGACAGACCAGAAACAACCAUCAGACAAGAAGACCUCUUUAAAGCCUCACCUGGAAGAGAUGCACCAAUCAGAGCAGUGCUGACAAAGGGCGUGGCUGGCAUUGGGAAAACAGUCUUAACACAGAAGUUCACUCUGGACUGGGCUGAAGGCAAAGCCAACCAGGACAUCCAGUUCAUAUUUCCAUUCACCUUCAGAGAGCUGAACGUGGUGAGAGAGAACAAGUACAGCUUGGUGGAACUUGUUCAUCACUUCUUCUCUGAAACCAGAGACGCAGGAAUCUGCAGGUUCGAUCAGUUCCCGGUCGUGUUCAUCUUUGACGGUCUGGAUGAGUGUCGACUUCCUCUGGACUUCCUCAACACUGAGAUCCUGACUGAUGUCACAGAGUCCACCUCAGUGGAUGUGCUGCUGACAAACCUCAUCAGGGGGAAGCUGCUUCCCUCUGCUCGCCUCUGGAUAACCACACGACCUGCAGCAGCCAAUCAGAUCCCUCCUGAGUGUGUGGACAUGGUGACAGAGGUCCGAGGGUUCACUGACCCACAGAAGGAGGUUUACUUCAGGAAGAGAUUCAGAGAUCAGGAGCAGGCCGGCACCAUCAUCUCCCACAUCAAGACCUCACGAAGCCUCCACAUCAUGUGCCACAUCCCAGUCUUCUGCUGGAUCUCUGCUUCAGUUCUGGAGGAGGUGUUGAAAACCAGAGAGGGUGGAGAGCUGCCCAAGACCCUGACUGAGAUGUACAUCCACUUCCUGGUGGUUCAGUCCAAAGUCAAGAACAUCAAGUAUGAUGGAGGAGCUGAGACAGAUCCACACUGGAGUCCAAAGAGCAGGAAGAUGAUGGAGUCUCUGGGGAAACUGGCUUUUGAGCAGCUGCAGAAAGGCAACCUGAUCUUCUAUGAGUCCGACCUGACAGAGUGUGGCAUCGAUAUCAGAGCAGCCUCAGUGUACUCAGGAGUGUUCACACAGGUCUUUAGAGAGGAGAGAGGACUGUACCAGGACAAGGUGUUCUGCUUCGUCCAUCUGAGCGUUCAGGAGUUUCUGGCUGCUCUUCAUGUCCAUCUGACCUUCAUCAACUCUGGAGUCAACCUGCUGGCAGAAGAACCAACAACCUCCAAGAAGACUAAAGUCAAAUCUACACUAACAAAUCUCUACCAGAGUGCUGUGGACCAGGCCUUACGGAGUCCAAACGGACACCUGGACUUGUUCCUCCGCUUCCUCCUGGGUCUUUCACUGCAGACCAAUCAGAAACUCCUAAGAGGCCUGCUGACACAGACAGGAAGUAGCGCAGACAUCAACAAAGAAACAGUCCAGUACAUCAAGACUAAGGUGGAUGAGGAUCUGUCUCCAGAGAGAAGCAUCAACCUGUUCCACUGUCUGAAUGAACUGAAUGAUCGUUCUCUAGUGGAGCAGAUCCAACGGUACCUGAGCUCAGGACAACUCUCAAGAUAUAAUCUGUCUCCUGCUCUGUGGUCAGCUCUGGUCUUCAUCUUACUGUCAUCAGAAGAAGAUCUGGACGUGUUUGACCUGAAUAAAUACUCUGCUUCGGAGGAAGCUCUUCUGAGGCUGCUGCCAGUGGUCAAAGCCUCCAACAAAGCUCUACUGAGUGGCUGUAAGCUGUCAGAGAGAAGCUGUGCAGCUCUGUCCUCAGUCCUCAGCUCCCAGUCCUCUAGUCUGAGAGAGCUGGACCUGAGAAACAACGACCUGCAGGAUUCAGGAGUGAAGCUGCUGUCUGCUGGACUGGAGAGUCCACAUUGUGAACUGGAGACCCUCAGUCUGUCAGGCUGUCUGGUCACAGAAGAAGGCUGUGUUUCUCUGGCUUCAGCUCUGAGCUCCAACCCCUCCUCCCAUCUGAGAGAGCCGGACCUGAGCUACAAUCAUCCAGGAGACUCAGGGGAGAAGCUGCUGUCUGCUGGACGUGAAGAUCCACUCUGGAGACUGGAGACACUCAGGAUGGACCAUGGUGGACUGCAGUGGUUGAAACCUGGUCUGAGGAAGUAUGCCUGUGAACUGGAGCUGGACUCAAACACAGCUCACAGAGGACUCAAACUGUCUGAAGACAACAGGAAGGUGACACAUGUGAGAGGGGAGCAGCCAUAUCCUGAUCAUCCAGAGAGGUUUGAGAAAGAGCCUCAGCUGAUGUGUAGAGAAGCUCUGACUGGUCGCUGCUACUGGGAGGUCGAGUGGAGAGGAGAGGUUCAUAUAUCACUGACCUACAGAGGAAUCAGCAGGAGAGGAGACGAUAAGGACUGUAGGUUUGGAGAGAAUGAUCAGUCCUGGAGUCUGAACUGCUCCAAUGUUUGUUACUAUGUCUGGCACAAUAACACGGAAACAUACAUCUCCUCCCCCUCCCCCUCUGGUAGAGUAGCAGUGUAUCUGGAUCAUCCUGCUGGCUCUCUCUCCUUCUACAGAGUCUCCUCUGACAAACUGAUCCACCUCCACACCUUCAGAACCACAUUCACUGAACCUCUCUAUGCUGGGUUUGGUUUCAGGUUCAGGUCUGGUUCGGUGUCUCUGUAUCCUCUGAAGGGCUGAGAGUCAACAUUUUCAGACUUAUAUAUAGAUAUACUGAUAUACAAAGCAGGGCUCAACAUUAUAAAUGGCCCGCUGGCCCGGGAGCACUAUUUAGCCCCCCGGGCCAGCAUAACGUACUUUCCACUUGCCCGCUCGGGCCGCUAAAAAUAUUGCUUUAAAAAAAAAAAAAUGGUCCUGUGGUAUAGGUAUUUUGACGAACAAUUUUUUUCAUUUGUUUAGUUUAUUAAUGCUACAACAUAGAGUUUCGUGAGGCGGUUGUCGUUUUUGGGUGAAAAGCAAACAGCUGUUUGCUGCAGAGCGUGUUCCUUCAUAUAAAUAAAAAAAUAAACUUGCCUUCACUACAGAGUUUAGCGCCACCUAACCAUUCGCCAAAAUGUUUUUAAUACCAGCGGUAACCGGCCAUGCGCCGGGCAAAAAACUAUCUUCAAAUAAAAAAAAAUCACCAGAGGAGUUAAAGAAGAGUGACGGGGAGCAUGAGAAGAAGAGGGAGAGAUAGUUUCAGCCACACUGGCUUGAUUGAUUGAGUUGGCUGCAAUACGAUGAUAUAAACAAGGUCUUCUGUCGGCUCUGUACAUCAAUGCUGACAAGUAAGUGAAGAGUAGAAAAUAUAAAGAUAUUGGCUUUAGGGAAAUGUCCCAGACGUUUAGGAUAAUGAAGGUUCUAAUCUAUUACAGAGCCAUUACAUUUCUAACUCCUAAUGACAGGAAGGCAGAAAGCGCAUUAUACAAAUAAUAAUACUCAUAAUAAUAGCAGACAUUUUUUAACAAUGACUACAAUAUCGUUAUUUUAAUAAACCAAAUAUGAACAAUUGAGGAAAAUGAGGAAGAACUGAUGAUUCAAAUGUUGUAGUACAAGUAGUAUUGUAGUUUGUGCAUAAAUUACUAUGGCAACAAAUGUGUUCAUUUUCUUCAUUAUUAGUUGAUUUUUGGACGAAUGCUCCGGGCCGGAGGUUCCAAUGGUGGGGCCAGUGGAAUUUUACCCUUAAUGUCUACCCUUGCUAUGUAACAUUUCUACAUGAAAUUGUGUGAAACGAGAUGCUGACUGCAAUUAUCCAUAGAAUCUGUUUUUUUCCUUGUUUUGACUGAGAAAAUCAUAUUUUGUAAGUGAAAAUGAUAAGCAUCAUUUGAAAAAAACAUGUUUGGUAAUUUCUAUGACAUUUUAGUUAUUCUGGAAUGUAAUGAGAUUUGUACUGUCCUAUAUUCUUUAUGCUUCCAAAGACUUCUAAUCAAAUAAUUUCUUCUUAUCUUUAUGGCGAUCUUUUGUUUAUUUGAUUACUUUUAAGUAACCUAAUGUAAGUUUAAUAAUGAAUCGCAUUUUAAAACAGCACAUUUUAACUUAAAUGAUUUACAAAGAGAUCAAAUAAAAACACAGUCAUUGAAAAGAGAAAUAACAGUAGAUGAAUACAAACAUAGAGUAUAUCUUAAUAAACACUUACUAUUAAACACCUUAGCGUGUACAGGCCUGCCUUCAUGUUGACAAUUCAGUGGGUAACAAAAAGAGAUGGGCCUUUAGACGGGUUUAAAGGAAUCAAUGGAGGGGGAAUAUCUUACUGUUAAUAACAAACUAUUUCACUGUUUAGGGCCAACACAGGGGCAGUGGCGCAGUUUGUAGGGACUUAGUCUUUGAAUGGAGGUUCAAGUCCCCGGUCGGACUGGAGAGGUGCCAGUUCACCUCCUGGUCACUGCCAAGGUGCCCUUGAGCGAGGCAACGGACCCCCCCCCCUCACCACCACUCCCUGGGCGCUGUACAAUAGCUGCCCAAUGCUUCUAGUACUAGGAUGGGUUAAAUGCAGAGGUGACAUUGUGUGUGUUUGCUAUACCGUGUACUGUACAUAUAUGACAAAUAAAUAACGUUUAAAAGGCUA